AUAAUAACUCAUUCCCCCUUAAAAAGCAGACUUGUUUUCAUUUACAUGGUGGAAGUUUUCAUUUGGGUUUCUGUUAAUGUGGCAGUCAAAUUCAGCUGUACUGUGUGCUGGCUGACGAUUUGGGGUUUACUUUGUUGGUUUUGGUAGUCUGGUACUACUCUUCUUUUAACUGGUCAAAAAAGUCUAUCUUCUGCCUGAAAUUAGGGAUGCUUAAUCAGUCAACUGCAAUGCUUGAGUUAGUUGAAAGAUCUUUUCAAAGAUCAUUUCAAUUGUGAAAGAUAUAGACAUAGAAACAUUAUAGAAAUAGAAAGAUAUUCUCUGAAAGGAGAAAUAGUUAACAUAAUCCAAACUCUUAAGUUGAUAACUGUAAACAAGAUUGGUGUUGUUGAUCUGGGGACUUUUAGAAUCUAGGCAGUGUGAUGUGGCUCUGGCAAAACAGGGUGGUUUUUGGGAACCCGAGGCCAGAGACUGUGAGUACUUCUGGUGUUUGUGUGAGAAAGAUGUCGCUCAACCCAAAGGAAACCUCUGAAUGAUGUGAUUUACGAUUAAUGACCCAAGAAAGGGUAACAUAGCUUAAGAACAGAAGUUCUAAAGAAAAAUGAGCAAGGCUGUGAGCAAGAAGAAUGAAUGAAAACAUGACCUGAGAGGGUGUUUACAAAUACAAUGGCAAGAAGCUGGUAUUCCUGGUAUUUUUCUUAUGGAUGCAGUAAUUUUGGAGGAAAAAGCUUCUGGUUCUGAUUGAGAGCUGGGAAAUUGAGACAGGACUUAAACCAGUGAGAUGCAGUGGUGGAGAAAAGUGAAAUUGUGACUCAUUUGGGGCUAUUUCUGCAUUUUCAUCACAGUUGUUCUGAAGCAGUGGAAGAUCAGUGGGUGUUUUGUCAGUGGCAGGCUGGAAUCUGUUGUGAUGACACAGCAGGAGCUCUGGUGAUCAUGAAAAGCUUUUCUAUAGAUAGUAAUGCUUUUGCCAUUGUUCUUUUACAACCACACUCCUUCACAUACCCAGUCAUUCUGCUCUUGACCUACUUGCACUACUGAAAGGUGAAUGGCAGAGCAGCAAACAAUAUCCAAGAACAUAGGGUUAAAAAAAAAGCUUUGUCGCCAGUAUUUGUAUAUCUGUCCUGAAUGACCCCAUUAAGGGAAAUACUAGUGUUUAAAUUCCAACUAAAAUUAUUAUUCUUUCUAUAGUUUUUAGAUCACAAUUUACUUUUCAUGUCCUGUAGUGGAAAAUAUUGUCUUGGUUUCAAGUUCCUCACAUUUCUGUAGCUUAGAAUAAGAAUGAGCAGCCUUUCUCAGCCACAUUUAUCAGCAUGUUAUCCUUUGUCUCAAUAAUGUAAGGAAAGAGGGGUGCGCAUCUGUCCUGCAUGUCUUCUGAGGGGCUGAGAGAAGCACAGGACCAAAACUUAUUUGAGAACUCACAUAUGAUGUGUGUGACUUCUUCUGUCUAUUGGCAUCAUCCAUUUUAUAUACCUUACCUACUAAGAGUGUGAAUCUUGUCUGAUAUUAGCUUAAUUUAACUUUGACAAAUGAACUUAGUAUGCAUGCAAGCAGCCACUUCAAACCUAAUUUUAGGUACAGUGACAGUCUCUUCUGAUGUUACUUCAUGCUGGCUUCUUAACAGUACUAUAUAUAGGUUGCCUUCCAUUAUGACACUCUGCAUUUUGAAUGCAUAAGGAGACUUUCAUAGCGACCAUUGUUGUUUUUACAUCUUCUAUUCAUCUCUAGAACUGCAAUUUCUGUUGACUUCUAAGGUGUGAACAUGAUAUUCAAAAAAAAAAAAAAAAGCCUGCAUUUGUUCCCAUAAGACAAACCACAAACUUCUCCCUCAGCUUUGCUGAGGCUGGAUUCCUCUCUUGCCGUUUUGAACUUCUCAAGCAAUAAGAGAUUUUCAGGUAUUCUUCUUCCCUUAAUUUGAACUUGAAGCACAGCUCUUUGUCAUUUAGCAGUGAGACUUCUUUUCCCAACUUUUCUAGAAAAUAAGAAUGAAAAGUCUCUUCAACAGAUGACUGCAACAAAGUUAUUUCUAUCUAUUAACUGUGUGCAGCCUGGCCUUAAACCUGUGCACAUGUUCUCUAACAAAAUGCAUGUUCACAGAUUUGUGCAGGUCACAAAGAUGUUGUGUGUUUUAAAACUCCCUGAUGUCAUCAUGAUCAACUGAAUUAUGUUGGAAAAUCCUACUCUUUGCAUCUGCAAAGAGAAACCACUUCUCGAGCCUGAUAGCGCGUAUCAAGGGGGAGUGUUCUUCCUCACAGUGCACUUUCCAACAGACUAUCCUUUCAAACCCCCAAAGAUUGCUUUUACAACAAAAAUAUACCAUCCAAACAUAAACAGUAAUGGGAGUAUUUGUCUUGAUAUCCUGAGGUCACAAUGGUCACCAGCUCUGACUGUAUCUAAAGUUUUAUUGUCCAUAUGCUCCUUGCUUUGUGAUCCUAAUCCAGAUGAUCCUUUAGUACCGGAUAUUGCACAGAUCUACAAGUCAGACAAGGAAAAAUACAACAGACACGCAAGGGAAUGGACUCAGAAAUAUGCAAUGUAAACUUGUGAAGACUUUUUCAUAUACCACAGAGUACUGUAAAUUCUAGUUUUUUCAAACUUAGAAGGAAAUGGAGCACAGUUUACUGUUUCAACCUACCAUUGUGCCCCUUGAAUAUUUUAUUUUUCCACCCAUGUAAGUGUGUUUCUGGAGCAGGGGAAAAGUUCCAAAAAUAACCUUUGGACUGUGACGAGAAUAUUUAUCCUCUUUGUAUGCUUUGCAGAAGACAUUUAUUAUGGUUUUUAAGAGUUGGACAUCUGCAUCUUCAGACUACAAGAUCCUUAUUGCAGUUGUAAAGCAGCCAAAUUAUUUUUGCUGGAGAAAAGUAGCUGUUUUUAAGUGAUGAAUACUGUAUGUGUGUCUUUAAGAUAUAUUGUCUGUUUCAUAAGUGUGUUUGGAUUUCAUUUUGCUAGUUCACUUAUAUAAUUUGUUUUUAAUUGUAUAGACUAAAUAUAUUUUAUUUACGGUGUAAGUCAUUUCAUUUUAGACUGACUCUCGUGCACAGUAUUGACAAGAUACAACUGCUAGUAAUGAAAGUAAUUGGGAUAUCCUGCCCACUGGGAUGCUCUAAAGACUGACUGCAGAUUUCUUAAAACCUAAAAUGAUCUUUGCACUGUAAUUCUUUGUAUGCUGAUUAUGGAGAAACACUUGGGUUUGAUUCUGUUGCAUACUUGACUUAAUUUUAUUGCAAUGUGAACUAAUUGCACUGCUAGGUAGAGAAAUAUGUAACCUUUUUGUUGCGUUUCACGACUGAUUUUUGACAUGUGGGCAACAUAACACUCAGACCUUUUACAGAUCUAAAUGUAGCCUUUUCCAUAUAAAUAAAAUGAAUUUUCUACUAUC